GCCGGGCAGCGCCUACGUGGUGUCGCGGGAGUUCCCGCCACGGCCCGGCUCGGCGGCCCAGCAGGGCUCCUCUUUGUCGUCUGGCUCCAGGCCGCCUCUGGGCGCUGCUGCCAGCGGCUUCGGGCGGCCCGCCGCCAGCCGCGGCGGCCCCGGCUCGCGGGCGGGGUCCCGGGCUGGGUCGCAGUCCAG